AUGUCCUGCCUGCGCUGCACCAUGGGAGUGUUGGCCUCGCCCACAGACAGCGCCUCGAAAGCCGGGGGUCCUUCUCCAGCACGCAAACCCCUGACUGGGACACAAAACUUAAAGCGAUUUGGCAUCCCGCUCAUUGCCACCGUCCUGAGCAUGGCCACCAUCAUUGUAAUUGCCUUCCUAAUCAAGGCAACUCUAGAACACUACUACUUCCUCUGCAGUAAGACAGUCAAGUUCAUCCCCCUGCAGCAGCAGUGUAAUGGGCAGGACGAUUGCUCCUGGGGAGAGGAUGAGGAGAACUGUGUGAAGCAGGUCCCAGAAGGCCCACUAGUGGAAGUCCGCAUUUCCCAAGACAGAACCACCUUGCAGGUGCUAAACAAAGAGACUGGAGCCUGGUUCUGGGCAUGUCAUGAUAACUUUCAUAUGACCCUGGCAAAAGCAGCUUGCAAGCAAAUGGGCUACAGCAGCGUCCCCACGUUCAGCGCGGUGGAUAUUGCAGACACACAGGGCCUGCCCAUCAAGGAGGUCACACUGAACAAUGGGGUCCUCCGAGGGCAAGACUCCGGCAGGCAGUGCCUCUCUGGAUCCGUCGUUUCACUCACAUGUGCCACCUGCGGAGAAAGUGUGAGGUCUCCACGUGUGGUUGGUGGGGGCCAGGCCAGGAUCCACUCUUGGCCAUGGCAGGUCAGCUUACAGCACAAAACCCAGCACCUCUGUGGGGGCAGUAUCAUUGACCCGAGGUGGAUUCUCACAGCAGCACAUUGCUUCAGGAACAACCUGGCCCUUCAGAACUGGCGAGUGAAAGCAGGAUCCGAAAUCCUCUCCAACUUCAACACUAUCCCCGUAGAAAAGAUCUUCAUCACUGACAGUAGUUAUACGUUUACUAAAGAUAAUGACAUCGCCCUGGUAAAGCUGAAGUCUCCCUUAAGUAUUUCAGACACAGUUAAGCCAAUCUGUCUGCCUUUUUUUGAUGAGCAACUGCCCCCUAAUGCCCCCCUGUGGGUGACAGGCUGGGGCUACACACAGCAGGAUGGUACAUUGUCCAAGUCUCUGCAGCAGGCCCAGAUCAAACUGAUUGACAGCAACACCUGCAAUGCUCUCGACGCCUACCAGGGGGCCGUCUCAGAUAAGAUGCUAUGUGCAGGCCUUAUGGAAGGUGGUGUCGAUACCUGCCAGGGAGACAGCGGUGGCCCCUUGAUGUACAAUCCAGGGCACUGGCAGGUGGUGGGGAUCGUCAGCUGGGGACAUGGCUGUGGCGGACGAAGCACUCCUGGCGUCUACACCAAAGUUCAGGCCUAUCUCAACUGGAUCUACACCGUCCAGAAGGUCAGCGUCCUUGUCUCUAUAACCUGA